UCCCCAAAGGCUCAAAUUCUGCCACAUUUCACGCUCCCCUACCCCCACUGCGCCAUGCUUGCAAUCAUUAGCUGGUGAAUACUGAUACAGUUUGCUUAAAUCGCAAUUAUUACCAUCAAAUUCUGGAUCUGGACAUGUUGUAAGCAAUCCAGCAUUCUGCCACUAAUUGCGGCGGAUCUUCUCUCAGCAUUUGUUUCAAUGAUGACUGAAUGAAAAGAGAAUGGGAUUGAGCAGUAGCAAGCACAAUGCUGCCGGCCGAUUGCCUUCUUCCUCUUCUUCUUCGUCGUCUCGAGGUGCCAUUCGGAGGAGUCGAUCCAGCCGAAGCAGAGUUUUGAAGUCGUCCUGCCUCGGAUCUCACUGCGAUAAUCGUGAUGAACGACAGGUCUCUGAUGGCCCAACUGAAGAAAAUGGAAAGACUGCCUUCUGUCCAAGUGAGAAUAAAUUAGGCUCUUGUCCAGUUUCAGCAGAAUGUUACGGGACAGAAAAAGCUGAGGAGAGCAAUGACAUGAACUGUAUAAACUCUGGCAUUCAGCUCCACGAGUGGGAGUGA